UGGUAUAAAAAGAGCAGCCCAACGUUUGGAAGGGCAGAAUUUACAGUACAUGAAAUAUACAGUAAGAGACCACAAUGGAGAAAACAACAAUGUUUGUCCUCUGGAUAUGCUUCAUCUUCAUGUUCACGAGCUCCACUGAGGGGCAAAGCGUGACGGCAUGUUCAUCAUGUACAAGUGAAACAAGCCCGACUGACGCUUCUUCUCAGUCGACGGCGACCACGCCCAGCCGUUCCUCCGCUGGUGACCUCGCGCCAUCGCGACCUCAUUUGUCCAUCACACCAGAGCAGCCUGCAGCAUCCCCCGAAACAACCUCCAGCAGCCGAGUGCCAGCUUCCACCCCAAAACCGUCACCAUCUCAGAGUCCGACCACCUCUGCCAGAACAUCGACCACGACAAUAAAAGCAGGGACAAAUUCUUUGUUUGAAUUAUCCACUCCAAUGCUAAUGUGCAUAAUGGCCUUUUUAAUCUGCAACGUAUAAAAUGCCAGACCAUUGGACUCUUGUAGAGGCCUCAUAUUGCAAAAAAUAUUUAUUGUAAUGGAAUUUGUUAUUUUUGGGGGGAUUUCUACUCAGUAGGAUUAAAACAUUGGAGUGGGAUGUUUUACUUUCUUGAAGCAAAUAAAUAUGCUUGUAUUAAAACUA